ACUCAGCUGGUUGUCAAAACAAACAAGCUUCUUUGGAAAAAAAAUGAAAACGGAUCGAAUUUUCAAUUUUCUACGUUCUUCAGGAUUAGUCUGGUUUUAAAAAAGUGAUUUUUUCGGCAUAACCCAUCCAAAUUCUAGUCAAGUUCAGCGAAAAAUGCCGGAGGAAUCCAAGGCGGAAGGUGAGAUCGAAAAUGUACGGGUAGUGGUUCGAGUUCGUCCUAUGGACAAAAAUGAAACCGAAUCCGGUAGCCAGAAUAUCAUCAAGCCGGACAAGUGUAAUCGUUGCGUGACCGUUUACAAGCCGAAUGCCAAUUCUAGUGAACCUCCCAAGGUGUAUUAUUUUGACAAUGUGUUCGGUGAAGAAUCUACUCAGAUCGAUUUGUACAUUGAUACGGCCCGCCCAAUCGUAGACAAAGUACUAGAAGGCUACAAUGGCACCAUCCUGGCGUACGGUCAAACGGGCACCGGAAAGACCUAUACCAUGUCCGGUAAUCCGGAUUCUCCACAAACGAAAGGCAUCAUACCGAACACGUUUGCCCAUAUUUUUGGACACAUAGCCCGUGCCAAGGAAAAUCAAAAGUUCUUGGUUCGGGUAAGUUACAUGGAAAUCUAUAACGAAGAGGUUCGAGAUUUACUCGGUAAGGAGUUCAACAAAAGUUUGGAGGUAAAGGAGCGCGCCGACAUUGGCGUGUUUGUGAAAGAUUUGAGUGGCUACGUGGUUCACAAUGCUGAUGAUUUGGAUAACAUUAUGAAGCUUGGGAAUAAGAAUCGUGUCGUAGGAGCGACAAAGAUGAACUCAGAAUCCUCUCGUUCGCAUGCUAUUUUUUCGAUUACAAUCGAGUCCAGUGAAACCGAUGAUACUGGUAAGCAGUAUGUUAAAAUGGGGAAGUUGCAGCUGGUCGAUCUGGCUGGUUCGGAAAGACAAAGUAAAACCCAGUCAUCGGGAUUGAGAUUAAAAGAAGCAACGAAGAUUAAUCUCUCACUGUCGGUUCUGGGAAACGUGAUCAGUGCUUUAGUUGAUGGCAAAAGCACGCACAUUCCUUACCGUAACUCUAAACUCACCAGAUUACUUCAAGAUUCACUUGGAGGUAACAGCAAGACCGUGAUGUGUGCAAGUAUCAGUCCAGCAGAUUCCAACUAUGUCGAAACUAUAUCAACAUUGCGCUACGCCUGCCGUGCUAAGAGUAUUCAGAAUUUGGCACAUGUCAAUGAGGAACCAAAGGAUGCACUGUUACGCCAUUUCCAAGAAGAAAUCAUGGAACUUAAACGUCAAUUGGAAGAGGGGACAUUUGUUAGUGGAAUUUGUACCGAUGAAGAUGAGGAAAUUGAAGACGAUGACGAAGAAGAGGAAGAAGAGAUAGAAAUCGAUGAAGAUAAGGAGAGAGAACGCCUAGAGAAGAAGGAGAAAAAACGUCGAGAGAAAGCUAAAGAGAAGAAAGAAAAAGCUGAUGCCGAGAAGGAACUGUUGGAACAAAAGGCGAUGAAAAAUGAACAAGAAAUUAAACGAGCAAAAUCGGAACAAGACCAACUUCGCGCAAAACUGUCAUCUCUGGAGAACAAGAUUCUGGUUGGUGGCGAAAAUUUGUUAGAGAAGGCCCAAGCCCAGGAGGUACUCCUGGAGAAGUCUAUGGCCGAAUUGGAACGUAGUACCAAAACUGAACGGGAGCUGGAAGAAAACCUUCAAAAGAUUGAAGCUGAACGCAUCGACAUUGAAGAACGCUACAGUUCCCUGCAGGAGGAAUGCGUUGGAAAGACUAAAAAGUUACAACGCGUUAUGUCGAUGCUCAUGAGCAUCAAGUCUGAAUUGGCCGACCAACAACAGGAACAACAGCGCGAAAAGGAAGGCAUUUAUGAAAACAUUCGAAGCCUGUCGAGAGAGUUGGCUCUUUGCGAAUUGGUAAUUAAUUCGUACAUUCCGAAAGAGUAUCAGAAUAUGAUCGAAAAAUUUACUCACUGGAACGAGGACAUCGGUGAGUGGCAACUGAAAUGUGUCGCUUACACGGGCAACAAUAUGCGCAAAAACGUAGCCGAGCCGAAGGUCAAUACCAAAGAGACGGAUCUGAUCGAUCUGUCGCAUGUUUAUCUAAGCUACAACACGGAUUCCGUCACCGAACCAGUGCGCGCUAAGACGGCACGACCACGUACUUCGGGAAUAGCUCGUCCAACCACAGCUAGAAAGUAUUAUUAGGAUGUAGUAGGCCCCUUAAAUUGGAAUAUCUUCGAAAGCGCACAGCCAAAUGAUCAAAUGUUUUUACUAGAGGAGAGGCUUUUACGUGCACUUGUGUGUUGUAUGUAUUCGUUAUUGUGUUAUAGUGUAGGUUUUGUUUAUUUAGUUUUCACAAGCAAUCACAACAUUCACAGCUUUUUAAGUCGUGUGCAAUCCCCCACUAGUCCAGUGACGAUAGAUGACUAUAUUUUGUUUUUGUUUUUUAUGUGUUUAAAAUUUUAAUAUAAUUAAGAGCAAAGAACAUAAUUUUGACUAUCAAAAUGUCUUGCAUUUUGAAUAACAAGCAUGAUAGAACUAUUAAUGUUGCUGUGGAUGUGACAAUAUUCCAAGAGUAGAUUAUUCUAGUUUCAAUUGCUUUAUAAAAAUGAACGGUACAUACGCAAAAUGUACCUUUUGGGUGAUAAUAAGUUUCAAGCAUUCCUACUGGUGAUUUACAUGAAUAUAUAACGCGAAAUCUAAAUUCAUAAAUUCGAAACACAACCAAUUUAUCAGUUUUUAUUUUAUUCCAAAAUUAACAAAAUCUAGGGGUUUUGAGCAGAAAGGCUAAAAUUAUUAUAACAAAUGCGGCGAAGAUAAAAACAAUAAAAUGUAAAUACUAUCGAGAUAA